AUGGAUGACAGGCCGGCCAGGGAAGACGAGCAGGAUGAUGGGGAGGAGAUGGACGUGCUGGAGGAGGAUGACAUGGCCCUACUAGACCCUCAGCCCCUGGACAUGGUGCUGGCGGAGGAGGCGCUGCAGGACGAAGGUGCGUGCCAGGGCAGUGCCAGGCCUGUGGGAGACGAGGAGUGGCUAUGUAAUGCCAUGGUAGGAGAUGAUGGCGAGUACGAGGAGUACGAGGACCAGGACUCAGACCAGAGUGAGGAGAGUGAGGGGGAUGGCACCGGUGAGAUGUAUGACACCACCCUUCCUUCCAGACAUGUGUAUCUGGGUGAGACAGAGGAGCUUCGAGGCCGCACUGUGCAGGAGGAGAAUGACUGCGUCAGCCUGCCACUGCUGCAGCACGUCUCCCUCAUGAACCUGGUGCUGGUGCCCACCCAGACCCUGCCCCUCUCCAUCUCCCAGUCUGUCCAGGUGUCCAUGCUUCGCUCAGUGAUACUCAAGGAUGGCACUUUUGGCAUUGUUCAUUCAAAGCCCACACAGGACGGCAGGCCAGGGCUGGCAAAGUAUGGCACAACGGCAGAAAUAUACGAAUAUCAAGAGGAGGAUUACAGUCAGACUAUGUCAAUCAAGGCUAAAGGUCGGCAAAGAUUUAAAGUUAUUUCAACACACAGAGAGAUCACUGGGUUGACUGUAGCAAAGGUGCAAAUCUUGCCUGAGAUCCAGAUGGGCAACCCCUUUGAGAUGAUGCGCCUCCAGUCCCUUGACAAGCUGACACUCCCCAGCCCUGAGGAUGCCACCUCUCAAGCAGCAUGGAAGAGAGAUCUCAAUUCUGUUCGAACCUCAAACUGCUGGCGAGUGCGGAGAAGAAAUGCCUGGCUCACCUCUUGGCCACUGUGGGUGUAUAACCAGUAUGAUGACCUCUUGCUGGUGCAGAGGGUAGUCAAUGAACUCAUGAACAACACCAUGAUCAAGCCUGCUGCUGUCAAGCUGCCUCGUGACCCACAAGAUCUCUCUCACUGGGCAGCCAUCAACCUCCCCCUUGACAACUCCCACCGCCUCUUCCUCCUCAGCCUCAACACUCCCACACAGCGCCUCAAAUACAUCCUCUCGGUCCUCACCAAGUGCAAGAAGUUGACAUGUGUCCAGUGUGGCAAUGUCAUUGGAGACUUUGCUGACAUUUUCUCUAUGUCAGUUGAAGGACCUCAGGGAACCUUUGUAAAUCCCGGAGGUUAUGUACACGAGAUGCUCACCCUCACCAAGGCCACCAACCUCACCUAUUACUCCCGACCCUCCACCGAACACUCAUGGUUCCCAGGGUAUGCCUGGACCAUUGCCUCCUGCUCAUCUUGCCACAGCCACAUUGGCUGGAAGUUCACAGCUGACAAGCACAAGCUCAAGCCACAGAAGUUUUACGGCCUCACCCGUAAGUCCAUGCGGGCUAAGCUGAUUGGUGAUGGUGAUGAGGAGGAACCCCAACAUAUUAUAUAACUUUUGUGAUAUACAACUCCCUCAUGUAUAAGCAAUAUUAAGUAAGUCAUAUUUAUCGAAAAAUAAACUUAUUACCCAAGAGAGUCGAGUAUAGACUGUGACUAAAAUCGUGCUAGCGAUAAGCAUGUGUAGAAAAGCUACCCUCUCGUAUAAAUAAAGCAUAUUACUUGAACUAUUAAGAAUAAACAUAGGGAUCUUGUGUACAUAGUCAACUGGAUUGUGAUGUUAUCCAUACACUUCUGUGAUUUUGUCGUCUCAAGGGAUACCAGAAAAUUGUCUCCACUACAGAAAAUCAGUUUUUGCAUUUUUGUACACCAAUCCUAACAUAAUGGAAUCAGAGUGGGAAUCUCACUGUUCACUGGCACAUGACACAAUACUGCAUCAUUGAAGGGGCGCCCUCCCUCAUUACUCUUGCUGGGUCUAAGCUGAGCAUUGCCAGACAGCCUGCAACCAUGGCCCUACAAAACUAGCUUUCAUAAACACAUAUUCCUACCUCUGAGUCUAUGCACACAGUCUGUUAGCAUUUGCAUAAUACUUCUGCAUGUGUGCCUUCAAGUAGUAAACCUUAGUAUUUCAGACUCUUGUCUCAAAAACCCACAUAUCUGUGUCUGGUAGUCAGUCUUCCUCCUUUACUUCCUGACUGAUGACUUCCAGACAGGUGAACAUGCUCAGCCAAUCUGUCACACAGCUCAUCUCUGCUGCAUCCAUCUGAACCUUACACCUGAAACCUGUUUGAAUUAUUUUCUACCACAGAGCACUUUUUGAUGUGGCUUAUCAUUGCAUAUCAAGAUGGGGUCACAAAUGUACUUGGACAACACUAAAAUGGAAAGGUGAUUUUCUCGUCGACGACCAGUAAGCUUUCCUCUUAGAAACUCAGUGUGGGGGUUCCAGGUGCAGAUUUCACGUGGAAAAAACGUAUAAAGUGUGAUGAUUCAAAACACUAGGUCCUACCUGAUAAAUCCUUUGCUUUCCAAAAGCCUUUCUCAGGACUUCCAUCAUCUCCUUUGAUCUCUCGAGUGACUAUUCUAUCUUUUGUACUUUCCGUGUCAGAAGGCUUAAGGAAAUCUUAAACACACAUGGUCAGACCAACACAGUCUGCUUGCUCACAGAUUACUGAUACUCAACUAAUCACCUGCUGGGAAAUGUCUCACAGCAACAUUGUCUGUGUCUGUGCAGGAAAGGCUUCCUGGGUUACUUAAUCAGAUGAAGUUUACAUGUACAUCUGUCAGAUAAACCCUUUUCCAGGGAGUAUUGGCUUGGCAUGUAGAUAGAUAGUAUGAGAUGACUCUGCAAGGUAGAUCAACAUUUUUAAUUUAUCUGCGUGUAUGAGGCUAACAUCUUCCUUACAGAAGAGUGGCUAGGAUGAAGCAUCAAUGUAUUUUUCUGGUAUUUCCUCCUAGCCCCUUUGGGGGAAGAAAAAAGGGAAACAGAAGAGACAAAAAAAAAAAAAAAUGAAUUGAUAAAAAGUGGUCAGCUUUGCCAGAUACGAAGGGAUGUAAAGUGAAGCAAGGGAGAUGAAUUGUUAGUGAAAGACCCACUUCAGAGUGAUGCAGUGUUGUGUUGUCAGCUUAUGGCACACCAAACAUGUUACAGUAUACAUACUGUAUUACUAAACCCACGCUGUAAAAUUGAAGAUACCAAAUCUAUUUUUGUAAUUCACAGGUAUUUAUUUUACUCAUAAAAUUAGUAGAUUUUCAUCAUAUCAAAAUUAACACAAGGUAUAUGGAGUGAAACCACUGAUCUCUCAGAAGAGGACAGGUAGUGUCUAUAGCUAUCCAGGCAUCAUGACCCUGACAUCCUGUAGUGGCCAUCAGGGCAUCUGCUGCUGCUUUGCUGUCAACUGCCAUUGGCACUCAAAAGCCACCACACACUACUUACUUAGGAAUAGUCACCAGUAAGCCCCACUAUCUACUGUACAAGGUUAUAAGCAAAUUAUAUAUACAUUAAACUUGUAUUUCAGACAUCACAUGUUAUUUUAUUGUUUUUAUGACAUUUUAUGUGCUUUUAUUUAAAUUUUUCCUGUUGCUCAAUAUGAAGAUAGUACUUUUAUGUUAAAUUUGAAUUGUAGAACUAUUAUAGAUGUAUAAGAACUUUAUCCUGAGCAGUCACUGUUGUAUAAGAAUUGGUCACAUUACACAUUAUUGUAGCGGA